AUGGGCUUGAAGAAGAAUGAGAACGAUGGCCCUAUCUGCACCUUCGUCAAGGGAGGACUAACAGGCUUCAUUGAGGCGAUCAUCUGCUACCCUACAGAGUUCGUCAAGACACAGCUCCAGUUGCAAUCCAAGACGAACCCCGAGUACACGGGCAUGUUGGACUGCGCGAAGAAGACGGUGGGCAAGCACGGACCUAUGGGCCUGUACGCCGGCGCGCUUCCCUUGAUCCUCGGCUCCUCUGGCAAGCAGGCGGCGCGCUGGACAGGCUACGAAACCAUGGCCAACGCCCUCAAGGACGAUCAGGGCAAGCUGACCAUCCCAAAGCGCAUGCUCGCUGGGGCCUGCGGCGGCAUCUCUGAGGCCAUCUUUGCUGUCACGCCGAUCGAGACUUUGAAGACACGGGUGACAGACGACAUGCGCCGAGGUACCGGGAACUACACGGGGUCCUUCGAUGCCCUGACGAAGAUUCUGAAGUCCGAAGGCGGCCGGGUCUUCGCAUGUUGGGGGCAUGCAGGGACUGGAAACCUUGUGGCCUUCCUCGAUAUGUUCACGGAGACGGAGCCCAGCGAGGCCGAUGUUGAGAAUGACGCCAGCCUUGGCCAGAUCUUCUCUUCGCCGACCUCGGAAGAGGUGUUUCUCCCUCCCAGCCUCUGCCCCACGUCGCCGCCCCCCUCGAUGUUCCUCUCGACGAAGGAUGCUUGCUAUCAGGCGCCACAGCUCGAACUUUCCGACUGGUCCACAGCUCUGUUCGUGGUCGCGACAAGCCGCGUGCACGACGGAUGCCUUGAGCCACUGAUGGAGCUUGAAGAGCAGUUCUACAACCAACUGCAGGAGAAGGAGACACGGGGAAACGUGUUCUAUCGGUGGCACUUUUCGUCUGACCUCCAAACUCAGAAGGUGACUGAGCUCUACAGAGACUUCGAAGGCUUUGCAACACAUAUGCAAGCCUGCCACGACCUGUUCGUCGCCGCGGAGAGCCUGCGCACGUGCCUGUCAGUGGAAGUCUUCGGCAACAGUGACACCCUUCAACGCAUGGAGAGAUGGGGGCUGCCCAUUCGCAAGUACUGCGCUCGCGAUGUCUGCGUGAGUCGGAUGUUCCAGGAGGAGGGCACUCCAGUGGGAGAGCUCAAGACCACCGUGGAGGAGCUGAAUCGAACCUUCCCUUGCAAGCAAGGCGGCCGGGUCUUCGCAUGUUGGGGGCAUGCAGGGACUGGAAACCUUGUGGCCUUCCUCGAUAUGUUCACGGAGACGGAGCCCAGCGAGGCCGAUGUUGAGAAUGACGCCAGCCUUGGCCAGAUCUUCUCUUCGCCGACCUCGGAAGAGGUGUUUCUCCCUCCCAGCCUCUGCCCCACGUCGCCGCCCCCCUCGAUGUUCCUCUCGACGAAGGAUGCUUGCUAUCAGGCGCCACAGCUCGAACUUUCCGACUGGUCCACAGCUCUGUUCGUGGUCGCGACAAGCCGCGUGCACGAUGGAUGCCUUGAGCCACUGAUGGAGCUUGAAGAGCAGUUCUACAACCAACUGCAGGAGAAGGAGACACGGGGAAACGUGUUCUAUCGGUGGCACUUUUCCUCUGACCUCCAAACUCAGAAGGUAACUGAGCUCUACAGAGACUUCGAAGGCUUUGCAACACAUAUGCAAGCCUGCCACGACCUGUUCGUCGCCGCGGAGAGCCUGCGCACGUGCCUGUCAGUGGAAGUCUUCGGCAACAGUGACACCCUUCAACGCAUGGAGAGAUGGGGGCUGCCCAUUCGCAAGUACUGCGCUCGCGAUGUCUGCGUGAGUCGGAUGUAG